GGAAUUUUGGCGGGUCUGGCUGUAGUUCUGGAAGGGGUGCCGAGUAGGCCGAGAUUCGACAUUCCUGCCAUCUCCUGGGCACUGGAUUCUCCUUUGAAGUUCUCUAUCACAACUGUUCUCUUGACAGCAUGGAUGGGGAGGAAGAUGAUUUGUCUCUGCUGACUGCAUUGCUGGAGGAGAAUGAGUCAGCCCUGGACUGUAAUUCAGAAGAGAGUCACCGCUUGACCCAGGAAGAUCGUGAACCUGAUGCAUUUGAUGAGCUCUUUGAUGCAGAUGAUGAUGGUGAAUCUUACUCAGAGGAGCCUGCUGAUGGAGAAGUGGGAGAGAUUGAGGACCGAAAGGAAAAUCUGGCCACUCUCUUUGGAGAUAUGGGGGACUUAACAGAUGAAGAAGAAGUUCCCACACCACAGUCAACUAAAAACAGUGUCCCCACUGCUCCUGCUCCCAGUCAAGGGAAAAGUAAUCAAGAGUUGCAAGAUGAAUUAAAGAAGUUGCAAGAGCAGAUGAAAUCCUUACAAGAACAGCUAAAAAUAGCAACAAUUACACAGCCUGCAAGUCCAGCCCUUCUGCAUAAAUCUCCUGCUAAGUCCCCACGUCCCCCUCUGAAGGAGAAGAAAGUUCAAAGAAUUCAGGAGUCAACGUGCUUCGCUGAAGAGCUUGAUGUCCCUGCUCUACCGAAAACCAAGCGGGUGGCUCGGACUCCGAAGGUUUCACCUGCAGAGCCCAAAAGUUCGUCUUCAGGGACGACAAGUACACUUUCCCAACCACUCCGAACUACUCCUGGAAACAAACCUAGUGGGUUGACCAGAGAUCACAGCGCAGGGACCCCCAGGAGUUCUGGAGAACCGCAGACCGUGAUCUGUGUGGAAGCCUUCUCGGGCCUGAGACUCAGGCGGCCUCGAGUGUCCUCCACAGAGAUGAACAAGAAAAUGAUUGGCCGAAAACUGAUCAGACUUUCUCAGCUCAAGGAAAAGAUGGCAAGUGAGAAGCUGGAAGAAAUAGACUGGGUGACUUUUGGGGUUAUAUUGAAGAAAAUCACUCCACAGAGUUGUAAUAGUGGGAAAACAUUUAGUAUCUGGCGACUGAAUGAUCUCCGUGACCUGACGCGGUACGUGUCGUUGUUCUUGUUUGGAGAAGUUCACAAACAACUCUGGAAGACUGAACAGGGUACUGUCAUAGGGUUGCUCAACGCGAACCCCAUGAAGCCCAGGGAUGGUUCUGAGGAGGUGUGUUUGUCUGUUGAUCAUCCUCAGAAGAUCUUAAUCAUGGGUGAAGCUCUUGACCUGGGAACCUGUAAAGCAAAGAAGAAGAAUGGACAGCCGUGUACACAGACUGUUAAUUUGAACGACUGUGAGUACUGUCAGUACCACAUCCAGACCCAGUACAAGAAGCUCAGCGCCAGGCGAGCUGACCUGCAGUCAACCUUCUCUGGAGGACGAAUUCCAAAGAAGUUUGCCCGCAAAGGCACCGGCCUGAGAGAACGGCUGUGUCAGGAUGGUUUUUACUACGGAGGAGUUUCUUCUGCAUCGUACGCAGCCUCCAUUGCAGCUGCUGUUGCUCCUAAAAAGAAGAUUCAAACCACUCUGACUAAUAUGGUCGUCAAGGGGACAGACUUGAUCAUUCAGGAAGCCCAACAAAAGCUUGGAAUACAUCAGAAAAGCUUAUCUUGCUCUGAGGAAUUCAGGGAACUGAUGGACUUGCCUACAUUUGGAGCCAGAAACUUGAAACAACAUUUAGCCAAAGCCAGGUCAUCAGGUAGAGUCAGCCUUCCCCUCUCUGGUGCCCACACUGCAUCCCCACGGCCCCUCGGAGCGCCUCAGCCUAUGGCUUGUGUUUUAGGGCUGACGGGGAGCCUGAAACCCGCUUUCCAGUCUGUCUCGGCAUCAGCCCUCUUGAAGCAGCAGAAACAGCACAUGCUGGAGAUGAGGAAAAAGAGAUCAGAAGAAAUACAGAAACGAUUUCUCCAAAGCUCAAGUGGGGUCGAAAGCCUGGCUGUGCCACCCUCUUCUCAACGGGCCCCUUCUUGGUCUCCACAAAUGGGGGCUGAGUUCCCCAGCCUGGAAGGAACACCAGCCACACCGAUGCCCAAGCUUGGGCGAGGCAUCUCAGAAGGAGAUGAUGUUCUAUUUUUUGAUGAGUCCCCUCCACCAAGACCAAAACUGAGUGCUUUAGCAGAAGCCAAAAAGUUAGCUGCUAUAACCAAAUUAAGGGCAAAAGGUCAGCUUCUUACAAAAACAGAUCCAAACGGCAUUAAAAAGAAGCAGAAGGACCCCCAGGAUGUCCUGGAAGUGAAGGAACGUGUAGAAAAGAACAACACAUUUUCUCCUCAAGCUGAAGAUGAGUUGGAGCCUGCCAGGAAAAAAAGAAGAGAACAACUUGCCUACCUGGAAUCUGAUGAAUUUCAGAAAAUUCUAAAAGCAAAGUCGAAGCACACAGGGGUUCUGAGAGAGGCAGAGGCUGAGCUGCAGGAACGCUAUUUUGAGCCACUGGUGAAAAAAGAACAAAUGGAAGAAAAGAUGAGAAGCAUCAGAGAAGUGAAAUGUCGAGUAGUAACAUGCAAGACGUGUGCCUACACCCACUUCAAGCCUUUGGAGACCUGCGUCAGUGAGCAGCACGACUAUCACUGGCAUGACGGCCUAAAGAGGUUUUUCAAGUGUCCCUGUGGAAACAGAAGCAUCUCCCUUGACCGGCUCCCCAAAAAGCACUGCAGUAAUUGUGGCCUCUUCAAAUGGGAACGAGAUGGAAUGCUAAAGGAAAAAACAGGCCCAAAGAUAGGAGGCGAAACCCUGUUACCAAGAGGAGAAGAACAUGCCAAAUUUCUGAAUAGCCUUAAAUAGCCCUAACUUCAAACAGGUACCCACGACCUAUGUUACUUCUUGUGGGUCUGGAGGGGCAAGGGUGUUGGCUCUGUAUCACCCAGGUUCUGAUUGGCACAGUCCAAACAUGUGUUACGCCUACACGUUCUGCCUUCCUAUUUUGUUUCGGGUUGGCUUAACGCCAAAUUUAACGCUGGCUUUUCAUUGGUAAAUCAAAAAACCAUCGUCUUCCCUGUUCUCACUACUGAUGGCUCCAUUCAUGCAAAUUCUUUGCCCAGAAACUAUGUGUCUUGGGUUAUAGAGUGUCCAGUGUUGCUUCUUUACCGGAAUAAGGUUCUAAUAUUUGCAUGGACGCACAGAGGCAAAAGAAUUAAUUUAGCUUCCAGGCUUCAGUUUUCCCAUCUGGAAAAUGAGGGGGCUUGGAGUAAAUGAUUUUGAAGUGUAUCUUUCGGGACUCAAAUUCUACAAAUAAUGUUUCCUAGAAAAAAUAAAUUAUCUUUACCAUAUAGAUAAUUAUAGUCACCAUUGACAUAGUCUUGAUAUAUUGAUAUUAAGGCCAGGUUCCUUCUUUCAUUUCUGUUGUUACCUCUUUCUUGUUUUUUCAAAUUGAUUAAUUCACUGAAUCAUGUGGCAUUUAAUUCAUAUCUAGAUGGUUCUCUGUGCUUUUACAAUAUUGUAGUACUCAAAACUAUGGUUUUUAAUGGCUCAUUUAGAGUAGAUUUUGUUUGUCCCAUAAGCUUGAAACAGAGUUAUGUAUUUGAAGAAGGUCACAACUGAGUGGCUGCUGAGGACUUGAACUCCAGGCUGCUCCUUGAGCAAUCCCCUUCCUAUGAAAGACACACGGUCCUGUUUGAACCAAGGGUGCCAUUAGAGUCCCUGUUCCCUUGUGUAUGGUAUAUUGUACAGAAGUACUGUAAUAUUCUUGUAAAGGUUGAUGGUGAGCUGAAUGCCUUCCUUUUUUAUAAUUUGAUUUUAAUUUUUAAAUAAUUUAAAAAUAUCACUUAAAUACUUCUCAGUUACUCUAGAUCUUGGGGGAGCUUUCAUUUGAGGUCUUUUGUGUGUAUGCUUUCUUCAAGUAUUCAGGGAUAAGAGGGGGUGGGUGGGCCAGAAGGGGGACUUAGUUGCUUGCAUUAUAGAUACAAUUCAUCAUUGAGAUCAGUCUUUUAAUACUAUCCUUUUUAUCAAUGUAUUAAAUGCUUUUAUAUAAAUCCAAAACAUGUGUUUAAUUUUUCCUUACUCAGCUGUUGGCAAUAUAGGGUUUAUUAUAUAUUCAUAGGCCAUCCAAACAGAGUUAGAAUGCAGUGAUCUAGAUUAGAAAACAAAAAUUGUACCUCACAGAAAAGUAGUUGAUCUGAAUGUCCUGUCACAGCAGAUUGAGUUUCAACAUUUUAAAAUAUUA